AUGGAGCCCCCAGCCCGGACCCGGCUCCUGGACGGCGAGGACGGGGGAGCCCCCCCCGCCGACAAGCGGCCGCGCCCGGAGGCCCCGGACUACCUCGGCCCCAAGCCCCCCACCACAAAGCCCCCCCGGGCCACGACGCCCCCGCCGCCGCCGCCGCCUCCGGGCCGCCCUCCGGACGCCGCCCCGCCGGGGCCCAGCCGCAUCGCCGGCUACCUGCUGCUGCCCCUGGCCCAGCCGGACCACGGAGCCCAGGCCCUCAGCCUCCACACCGGACAGGAGCUGCGCUGCAAGGUGUUCCCCAUUAAACACUACCAGGACAAAAUCCGGCCGUACAUUCAGCUGCCGUCCCACAGGAAUAUCACGGGGAUAGUGGAGGUGAUCCUGGGGGACACCAAGGCCUACGUCUUCUUUGACAAGGACUUUGGGGACAUGCACUCCUACGUGAGGAGCCGCAAAAGGCUGCGGGAAGACGAGGCCGCCCGGCUGUUCAAGCAGAUAGUCUCUGCGGUGGCCCACUGCCACCAGUCCGCCAUCGUGCUGGGCGACUUGAAACUCAGGAAAUUUGUCUUCUCCACAGAGGAAAGAACCCAACUGAGAUUAGAGAGCCUGGAAGACACUCACAUAAUCAAAGGGGAAGACGACGCUCUGUCAGAUAAACACGGCUGCCCGGCCUACGUGAGCCCCGAGAUCUUAAAUACCACCGGGACCUAUUCCGGCAAGUCGGCAGACGUUUGGAGUUUAGGGGUGAUGCUUUUCACCCUCUUGGUCGGACGCUACCCUUUCCACGACUUGGACCCCACCGCCCUCUUCUCCAAGAUUCGCCGUGGACAGUUCUGCAUCCCCGACCAUUUAUCUCCCAAGGCCCGGUGCCUCAUCCGUAGCCUCCUGCGGCGGGAGCCAUCCGAAAGACUCACCGCCCCCGAGAUCCUGCUUCACCCCUGGUUUGAGAGCGUCCUGGAACAACCUGGACACACGGAGCAGGAAACGGGAACUUCCGAUCAGAUGGUUCCAGAGCAGCAAGAAGACAGUGAUAUGAGUUCCUUAUUCUGCUAAUCCCAAAACCUCAAAAACCUCACAGUUCUCACUCAUGGCAUUUUUUUUUUUUCUUAAGGGUUUCAUUUUUCCACUUUAUAGACGGGUAGAGUUUUAAGCGUGGGUCCAGCCUGAUGAGGGACCGUGUAAAAAUCGCAGCCCCUUCCCCCAAAUGUCUGCUCUCCGUGUUUGAGUCGUGUUGUGUGACUUGACUGUUAUGAGCCCUUUUAGUGGCUCCCCUACCAAACCAGAAUCCCAAGAGCUCCAUCUUCUGCGGGGGAAAUAAAAACAGCCAGGUUUUAUUUUUUUUUAUUUUUUGGUCCCCCAAGAUGACAGAGAUGAAGUCUGGUGUAGGCUUACAGUGGUUGGAGCUUGUCGGCGGAGAAUUUUUGAUCUGGACAUUGUAGAAGAAGAACCCUCAGCCCUAAUCUUUGCGCUGCCCCUUUAUCAGUCUCUCAUCCGGCUGGCACUGUAUCUUGAAUGAGAAAAACUGAUGGCCCAGUGAAAUCUCUAUUGCUGCUCUGUUGGGAGGUAGACGGUUCCAGCUCUCCCCCACUUCUUCUGGCGGACUCUCUCUGUAGCACCUGGGGCCAGGGAAAAGCUAACCCUGCCUCAGAACCAAACCUCUCUUUGAUUUCUGAUAUACACUAAGGCCUUUUUCCUGAACAGGAACCUCCUCCUCUACCCCCCUCCACCCAUCAUCACCACCACCAACACACAGACACACACGCGUUGUGAAAGGUCCAAGGUAAAAAGCACAACAUCAAAUUCAGAGCUGCAGCCCGUUCCCCUACACUGGCCACCCACAGGCAGGCUAUAGCAGGGGGAAAAUCUUCCGAAACCCUCCGAGCGGGUUUGCUUUUUAUUCCUCCCUUUGGAGGCUAACAUUUCAUCCGUCCCCACGACCAGCUCUGGGCGGCGGAAGCUCAGGAGUCAAUGGUGGAGAACGUUUUCGGGUUUUGGCGGGCCGAGGUUUAACGCUGAGAAAGUAAGUCUUUGGGAGAUGCUCCGAGCGGCUCCUUCGGCUAUCCCUAACUCUACGAGUAUCCUGUCUGCCUCUGGGCCGGUGGCUUUUUUCUUGCAUCACUAUUAAUAUUUCAGACUCUCUGUGGUUAACGAAUACACUUGUGUGAUCGGUUGUCGAGAGGAGCCCUCCUCCUGUAGAAGAUCACACCUGCUUGGUCUCCUGCGGGUCUCCCGGGCUGGUUUGGCGCAGAAUGGCGACUGGCAUUAAAAAACAAAAACAAAAAAACAAGUAAAAUAGAAAACUUUACUAGAUGAAGUACAAGCAGAAUUCUCAGACAGAAGAUACAGUGAAUUGGUUAAACGGGUAAAUUAAAUAUACUGUAUAGUGAAAAAUGGCACCGAACCAGUGCGGCUAUUUGAACGGCUGAAGCCUCGGCUGGCUAUGACAUGCAUUGUGAGAAGGCCAUGAAUACCUCAUGUACUGUGUACUUUGUACAUAAAUUUUACUUUUUUUUAUAUAUUAUUUUCUGUUGUUUGGCUAGGAGGCUGUAGUGUGUAUGUCUGAAUAACUCAAGGUGUCAAAGAACAGUUAAAUGUGAAUUCCUGUUAGCAAUACUAACUUGACCGAAUCAUGGGAAUUAGAGAAGGGGGGAAAGACACCCCCGUUGCACUAAAGCUCUCGUGGUUGCUUGACAUUUGUAUCUGUGAUACAGCGUAAGUUGAAAGAGUCUGUGUUGACUGGCAGUUGAGCCUGCCAGAAAGCUAAAACACUAUGUCCAGCGUGUAAAUAUGUGUGUGUGUGUGUAUAUAUAUAUACAUAUACAUUUAUAUGUGUAUAUAUAUAUAUGCAUAU